UGGAGAGGCACACAUUUGGUUGGAGCUAGAAAUUUGACAUUCAAAUGAAAGAUAAAUGUCACUGUAGUAUUGCGGCGCGUCUGACUGUUCUUCAAACAGAAAGGAAAUAUGAAGCAAGACGUGAGGAUACUUUUAUUGGGGGAACCCAAGGUGGGGAAGACGUCACUCAUCAUGUCCUUGGUUGGAGAAGAGUUUCCAGAAGAGGUUCCGUCUAGAGCUGAAGAGAUCACCAUCCCUGCUGACGUAACUCCAGAGAAGGUGCCCACACACAUAGUGGACUACUCGGAAAAAGAGCAGAGUCAGGAAGUCCUCAGAGAUGAGAUCAUCAAGGCUAAUGUGGUGUGUGUAGUGUAUGAUGUCACCAACGAGGACACGAUAGACAAGAUCAGAACUAAAUGGAUACCUUUAGUAAACGGAAACGCGGAGAAAGGGAACAAAAUUCCCAUCAUCCUUGUGGGAAACAAGUCUGAUCUGCGCUGUGGGAGCUCCAUGGAAACCAUUCUUCCCAUCAUGAAUCAGUUCUCUGAAAUCGAAACAUGUGUUGAGUGUUCUGCAAAGAAUCUGAAGAACAUUUCAGAGCUGUUCUACUAUGCACAGAAGGCAGUUCUCCACCCCACAGCCCCUCUUUAUGACCCUGAGGACAAACAGCUAAAACCAUUGUGUGUCAGAGCCCUUAGCAGAAUAUUCUACAUUUCUGACCAGGACAACGACCGCAUCCUCAGUGAUGCUGAACUCAACUGCUUUCAGAAAUCUUGUUUUGGAAAUCCUCUGGCACCUCAAGCUUUGGAAGAUGUAAAGACGGUAGUUUGGAAGAACACCAGCGAUGGAGUACAGGACAACGGCUUGACUCUAAAUGGUUUCUUGUUCCUUAAUACAUUAUUUAUCCAGAGGGGCAGACAUGAAACCACAUGGACUAUCCUCAGGAAGUUUGGUUAUGAUGACAACCUUGAGCUGACUGAUGAUUACCUUUACCCUGAACUACGGGUUCCAGCUUCCUGCACCACAGAACUCAAUCAUUUAGGUUACCAGUUCCUCCAGAGGCUGUUUGACAAAUAUGAUGAAGACAAGGACUCUGCCCUGUCACCGUCAGAACUGAGGAACCUGUUUUGCGUUUGUCCUUACAUGCCAUGGGGUACAGAGGUCUACACGACUGUCCCAAUCACGGAUGAGGACUACAUCUCUCAUCGUGGCUACCUUUGUCAGUGGACGCUUUCUGCAUAUCUUGACAUCCACCGUUGCCUGGAGCACCUAGGAUACCUAGGCUACCCUAUCCUCACUGAGCAGGAGUCACAGACUGCCGCAGUCACAGUGACACGAGAGAAAGAGGUGGACCUGGAGAAUCGCCAGACACAGCGGUCAGUGUUUCUCUGCAAGGUGAUCGGACCGCGGGGGACGGGCAAAUCAGCCUUUCUCCAAGCCUUUGUGGGCCGCAACGUUGUGAAUAAGGGAAACUCCUGCAGUGCCUUCUCCCCCUAUGCCAUAAACACUGUCCAAGUCAGCAACCAAGAGAAGUACCUUAUUCUCAAUGAGGUGGAUGUGGAGGCGCAGUUCCUGAAAGCAUCGGAUGCUUCCUGUGAUGUUGCCUGUCUCAUGUAUGACAGUAGUGACCCACAUUCCUUCGACUAUUGUGCCAGUAUAUACAAGCAACAUUACAUGGAGAGCAACAUUCCGUGUGUGCUGGUUGCCUCCAAGCUGGACCUUCCUGAGGUCAAGCAGUUCCACGGGAUGACUCCUGCAGAGUUCUGUUAUAAACACCGACUGCCUCCACCACUGCCCUUUUCCAACGUGUUCCUCGACUCCACCAACAAAACCAUAUACACCAAACUUGCCUGGGCAGCAAUGUACCCACACCUGAAUGGUUCAGACAUGAGCAACUCUUCAUUCUGGCUGAGAGUUGCAUUGGGCUCGGCUGUGGUUGCAGUUCUGGGAUUUGCUAUCUACAGAGCCGUCGCUAGACUGAAAUGACCUACAACCGGCUGAGUUGUAUUUUUUUCAUCAAGACCAAACCUCCGAGACCAGAUCCAGAACCACCGCUGUCUGAGCUAUACGCAGUUCUUUUCACUGUAAAAGGCCGCCAGGACACUGCACAUCUCGGUCCUUCUCCAUAUCGGACUUCCUCAGUUUGUCCUACCGCCUGAGGCUAUUUGAAGCUGGUGAUCAUAUUAUUCCCCACUCUGCCAUGCCUAGCUCUUUCUGCCUCGCUUUCUCAAACUAGACUAAACAGUCUAUGCUUGAUGCAUUGAUACAUGAAGAAGUGCGACUGCUGAUGUCCAAACAGGUGCUUUAUCGAAAUGCGGGAAAACAUUGCCCCCACCCCCCCAACACACACACACACUUAUUUCUUAAGUGUUAAUGGAGAGAUUGGAAAGUUUUUAUAUACAUGCAGUGUUUCCUAAGCGUAAUUGAAAAAUGCCAAAUUGACUCGGCUGAACAGCCAAAGGGCCGCACAUGAAGCAUUUUUAACAGAGAAGACAUUGUAAGAAGCCAUGGCUGAAUCUCUCACAGGAAUGCCUCAAAUGAAAAACAUGUUUCAUUUUUACCGGGCCACCACAGACCCAAGAUGUUCAUAUCUGAUUUGCCAAAUAACUCCAGCAUUUAGCAGCAAUGAGUAGUCGUAGCAUGUUGUUUUCCCCUUCAGGCAAAACCAGUUUUAUCUGAGAAUGAAACAUUUUAAUGAGCUUGAAUCUUAUUGUUAGAAUGGUUUUAGCAGUUAGGCCUCCACUGAUCUGCUGUGGCAAAGAGAUUUCUCUUGGUGCAUGAAGAAAAUUGCUUUAAUGUGGAAGAUGGCUGUUAAUGCAUCUGCAAAAAAAAACAAUAAAUAUUUUCUCCUGUAAAAGGAGGCCAGGCAAACCUUAGAAAUUACAAAAUGUUAAAGAAAAAUCUGGUUAUAUUUAUCUCUGCUUCCACUUCGUUUGCCUCUGUUCUAAUUGAAAUGGAAUUCAUUUUAACUGAGACUGAAAUGGUUUGGAAACUAGAUUUUGUUUUCUAUUCACAUACAUCUGACACUGUGCGUACACUUUGACCAUGUUAUGUAAUCUGCCAUUGUAUUGUUUUCCAACACGAGACAUUCAUGUUAAUGUCUGUUUUGUUGCUUAAUUUAGCUGCAGACCUGCUGUUUCUGCAGGCCACACAUAUGUGACUUUGAAAAUAUUGCUGUUUUCUUACUGAAGGUGAACUGAUUUUAGAUGCUUAAUAAAAGACCAGACUAGACCAGACUGGGUGGGGACUUUUGCCCAAAAAGACAUUAUGCUUGUUGGGAUGAAAGGCGUGUCAUGAAUGCUGUGCUUAAUAUGUUUGACAGUGCUUUUUUAAUUUCUAUCUUCAACUUCAGCCUCAUUUUUAUUAUUUUUUCAUCGCUGAUUAGUCCAGAGGUGCCGAAUGAAUUUUGUUUUUGUCUUAAAUUUUUGACAUGUACACGUUUUAAUCUCUGGUACGUUGAGUGUAAAUGAUUUAACAUGCAUACUGUUUUAAAGUGUUGCAAACAAGAUCAUUUUUU